AUGGAGGGGCGAGUAGGAGAUGGACCGGGAGGAGCCGGCGCGUGCUUCCUUGGGGGGUUGCUUACCGUACUGGCGCCGACCUCUCGUCGCUCUUUCCGUUACGACGGCCCUCGACCCCCUCCUUCGGGGCAGACGCAGCCGGAGAGUGGCAGUGAGGAGGAGGAUGAGGAGGAGGAUGGUGAGGGCGAGAAGGAUGAGGACAAUGAGGGGAGCGGGGAUGACAGUGAGGCCGGGUGGGACCCAGAGACGCAUGGCGGUGGGGAGGGGGGAGAUGAUGAUGAUGAAGACCACGAGAUGGAUGGGUUGGAGCCAGAGGGGCGGGAGGAGGAGGUGGGAGAGGGUGGUAGAAGGGCGGCGACAGAGGCGGGAUCACAGCAUGUGCGUGAAGGGGGAGGGAGCGUGGGGGUUAAGUUGCCAGGGGAGACGUUUCCCCGUGGGGGCUACAAGGGAGUGCCGGAUGGCUACGUCUAUCAGUGGCCACAUGCCAAGACUUGGCCGCAUCUCGCCAAGGUGAAAGGGAAGGCGUCUGGUGGAGGUCAUGGGUCAGGCGGGAUCGAGCGGUUCAUGACAACCAAACUGACCUCGGUGCAGCUACGGCAGGCGAUCACGAAGCUGGUGGUCACCUGCGAUCUCCCCUUCCGCAUCGUCGAGGCCGAGGCUUUUCGGGAGCUUUUGAUCCUGCUAAACCGCAACUGCGCGCAGAAGAACUUCAUCCCCUCGCGCUGGACGGUUUCCCGCGACACUGUGGUCUAUGCGGCUGCCGCUCUUCAGGCGUGGCUAGUGGUAACUGGUCACUGGGUAGACGAGAAUUUCCAGCUGCGCACAAUGGUGUUUGAGUUCCGCGAGAUUCACGGGCGGCACACGGGCAAGCAGAUGGCGAGGGUGGUUGAGGAGACGGUGGUGCAGUGGGGGUUGGAGACAUGCUUGGCACACGUGAUCAACCUUGCAGUGAAGGCAGCUCUCGCUGUGACCACCAUCCGCAAGUUGUUGAAGAUUCUGAGAGAGAUGGCGUCGUGGAUAGGCUUCUCGCCGCAGCGCUCAGGGAAGUUCUUGGGCCUUCAGCGGACCCUGAACACGCAGGCCAACCCCGCCAAACCGAAGCCGGCAUUGAAGCUGGUGCAGGACAGUCCCACGCGCUGGGGGUCGACCCACGACAUGGUCGAGCGAGCUGGGGUUCUGCAGGAACCCAUCUCUGUCUUCUUUGCCCAGACACAGGGCUUGUCGAAGGCUGACAAGGCGAAGGUGGAGACCCUGCGACUGACGGACGCAGACUGGGCGACUCUGCAUGCUGUCAAGACGUUCCUCAGCCCAUUCGCCAUAGUCUCAAAGGCGGCGGAGGGAGCGGCGUACCCUACAGUGGCGAUGGUGCUGCCGUACUACAACGGCCUGAUCGACGCUAUGGAGUCGCGCCUUGCCAAGGGGCCAUCGGCUACGCUGAAGCCGAUGAUUGAGGCGGCGCUGGGUCUCUUGAAGAAGUAUGAACUGAUGUCCAGCAACAAGUUGUGGAUCGCGACCUUCCGGCACCCUUCCAUGAAGGCGGCGUGGUUCGACGACCCGCACUGGGAGACGCUGCAUCCCGAGACCGACCGGAGGGCGAGGCCUCGUCCCUCGUCAGGCGAGGUGAUCCAGCUGGUACGCGACCGCGUGACCGAGUACCAGGCCCGGGCUGCAGCGCUUGCACCUCGGCCGACCCCACUUGCCCCAGUGACGGAGGAGGAGGAGGGGGACGCGGCGGAUGACGACGAAGACGCGCAGUUUCUCCCUAGUCGCCGACGACUUGCGGCGCGUCUGUCGGCGAGCCAGAAAGUGGGGAGGGGUGGGAUGGUGCAGGAUGACGAGGUUAGCAGGUACUUAUCUGAGAGGGUGCGGUGUGACGUGUCAGCGUUGGAGUAUUGGCGCAACGCCAGCAACAUGCAGACGCAAAGGCGCAUGGCCCGGGAUUAUCUUGCCAUCCCUGCCACGUCCGCGUCGAGCGAGCGCGUGUUCUCCCUCGGCCGCAACCUCAUUUCCUGGAAGCGGCACCGCCUAGCCUCUCAGAGGACGCGAGCUGUCAUGAUUCUCAGAUCAUGGUACAGCUCACACCCUGGACAGAGGAUAGGCGAGGGCCGCCGUGCAAAAGGCGAGGCACCACCAGAGUUCGCCAUUGAAGGCGAGGGGGAGGAGGAGGACGACGAGGAGGAGGAGGAGGAGGGGGAGGAGGAGCAGGAGGGGGUGGGCGCUGGCGACACCACUGACGCGGAGCACGCUGUUGUUGGUAGUAGCAGUGGAGUUCAGGCGUAG